GGAAAGGGGGCAAAUAUUAAAAAAAGGUAAACCUUCAGUCCAUCGAACCGUUCAUCAACCUCGGCUAACAAACCCUCUCGUCUUCCGCCCACAGACACAUUAGCACUUCCAUUGUCAGAGGAGUAAAGUUGCAAGUAUCCCAAAUUAUAUUAACGUCUUUGGUCUAAUUACGACAAAUACUUUACCCUCGUCGCUGCUACCGAUACAGAUGAUUGUGAUUGCUGUGGAGAAAUGAUCUUGGUGGAGAAUUGUGCUAUUAAUUCCGAAGACAACGAGGUCUCAGAGACACUUAAAAUGGGCAAUUUAACUGGUGGAAAGACUGAAACCAAUAUUCCAAAUCAAUCAGAAGUUGUUAUACGUCAAGACUUAAACGGAAGAUUGAACGGGGUUGGGUCCACAUCUUGUGAUUAUACUUGUCCUAAUGAUGGACACUCGGGGGAAGUGUCACAACAUUGUACAAGAGAUUCAGAUGGCAUCUCCCAUUUGAACCCUGAGCCAGCUGCUAUAACUAAAAGUGUGAAGCGUGAAAAUGACAUGACCCUGGAGGAUAUGUACAAUGCUCGGUACAAUCUCGACGAGGAUGACGAUGACAGUGACUGGGAACCAUCAGAAAAGCAAGUAGAAGUUCCGAGGUGGUUCUGUGUCAAUUGUACAAUGGUCAAUGUCGAGGAUGUUUCCAAUUGUGAAGUAUGCGGAGAACACAGAGAAUCUGGAAUCCUCACGCGUGGAUUUUUUGCUUCUCCAUAUCUGCCUGUAGAGGAUGUCAACCAAGAUGAGUUGCCUGUAACUGAAAAUUCUAAAGGUCCCUACAAGCAGAGUUCUUUAUCAUCCUCCACUGCUGUAGGGUUUGAUGAAAGGAUGUUGCUUCACACAGAAGUCGUAAUGAAAUCUCAUCCACAUCCUGAAAGACCAGAUCGCCUCCGAGCCAUUGCAGCUAGCCUCGCUACAGCAGGUAUAUUUCCGGGGAAGUGCCAUCCCAUUGCUGCAAGAGAAAUUACAAGGGAAGAACUCCAGAUGGUCCACUCCACAGAGAAUAUCGAAGCCGUUGAUAUUACCAGGCGUAUGCUUGCCAGUUAUUUUACACCUGAUACAUAUGCAAAUGAACAUUCAGCGUGUGCUGCCAGGCUUGCAGCAGGUUUAUGUGCUGACCUUGCUUCAGCAAUUUACUCUGGGCGUGUCAAAAAUGGUUUUGCUCUGGUUCGUCCUCCCGGUCACCAUGCUGGUGUGAAACAGGCCAUGGGCUUCUGUCUCCACAACAAUGCAGCAAUUGCUGCAUCAGCAGCUGAGGCCGCUGGUGCAAAGAAGGUGUUAAUAGUUGAUUGGGAUGUUCAUCAUGGGAAUGGUACACAAGAAAUAUUUGAGAGAAGCAAAUCUGUCUUGUAUAUAUCUUUGCAUAGACAUGAGGGUGGAAGAUUCUACCCUGGUACAGGAGCUGCUGAUGAGGUUGGCUCCAUGGGUGCAGAAGGAUACUGUGUGAAUAUUCCUUGGAGCCGUGGGGGAGUGGGUGACAAGGAUUACAUUUUUGCAUUUGAGCAAGUUGUGCUUCCUAUAGCUUUGGAGUUCAAUCCAGACUUUACUAUCAUUUCAGCAGGAUUUGAUGCUGCUAGGGGUGAUCCCCUUGGUUGCUGUGAUGUAACUCCUGCUGGUUAUGCAUCAAUGACUCAAAUGUUGAGUGCAUUGUCAGGUGGAAAAUUGCUUGUUAUUCUUGAGGGCGGCUACAAUCUUCGUUCAAUUUCAUCAUCAGCUACAGCAGUGAUUAAGGUCUUGCUUGGUGAAGGUCCUGUGAUUGACCUAGACAAUACUGUACCUUCCAAAUCUGGAUUGCGAAGUGUUAUGGAUGUUUUAAAGAUUCAGAUGAACUAUUGGCCUACAUUGGAGACAAACUUCAUGAAAUUGCAUUCAAAAUGGGGACACUAUGUUUUUCAGGAUACAAUAAAACAGGGUAAGCGAAGACGCAGGACUGGUGUACCAGUAUGGUGGCGAUGGGGACGAAAGAGGUGGUUGUAUCAGAUACUAUCCAAGCAGCUGCGUGCAAAAUCCUGUUGUAACUAUUCUUGUGGAUGUUGACUCUUUGUAAUCUACAUACAUUAGGUCUUUAGACUAUGCUGCUGUUUUGUACUUGAGAAAAACUAGAGUUCCUAAUGUUCUUUUUUGGUCAUUGUGCUUCGACCUCCAUCGCUCCCCGGACUGACUUGGAAUAGUAGUUUCAAUUUGUAGUGGUCUAAUUCUAGUACUGCCUAAUAUUCUAAUUUACCAGCAUGUGUAUGAACGACUAUGGUUCCAAAGAACUUGCAGUAAUCAACAAACGAGCUGAAAAAUGGUUACUUCCCUUA